AAGCCGUCAAUGGUUCGCAUCCGGUCCAAGCAGCGUCCCCUGGCGGCUGGUCUGGCGGCCGAGAUUGAGUGCGAGGCCGCCGGGUCCCGCCCUGCACCGACAGUUUCCUGGUGGCGAGGCAAGGCCAAGAUACCCAUGGACCACGUCAAGGUGAUGCUGAUCGGCAACCGCAUCUUCUCCGUGGUGGCCUACACGCCUACACGGGAGGACAACGGCAAGCGACUGCGAUGCGUGGCCGAAAAUCCAAACAUCGUCGGCAGCUCAAUAGAGGCGUCAUACAACCUCGACGUUCACUACAAACCGCUAGUGACGCUGCAACUGGGCAAGCGUCUUCGGCUGGAGGAGAUCUUCGAGGGCCAGGACGUGUACCUGGAGUGCAGCAUCGAUGCCAACCCGCGCGUCUCCGAGGUCGUCUGGCGUUUCGAGGACAACCAGGAGGUGCACUCGGACCCCGCGGCCAAGGUCAUCACCAGCAACCAGUCGCUGGUCUUCCAAGCCAUCCAGAGGCAAAACGCGGGGCGCUACGUUUGCGUCGCCAUCAACUCUGAGGGGGAGUCCAUCAGCAACGAGGUUCAGCUGAGCGUGCAAUAUUCUCCUGUCUGUUCUUCGCGGCAGCGCACCGUGUACCCCGCCGCGGCGCACGAGAUGCUGCAGGUCUCCUGCGACGUGGACGCCCAUCCGUCCGCGGUGGGCUUCCACUGGUCGUUCAACGGCAGCCUGCGCAACCACGAGGUGCAGACCUUCGUGUCCGAGGGCACCCGCAGCAUCGCCUCUUACGUGCCGCGCGAGAAGGCCGACUACGGCUCGCUCUUUUGCUGGGCCGCCAACAAGAUCGGCCGCCAGAAGACGCCCUGCGAGUUCAAGGUCCUGCCUGUCGGUCCUCCCAGAGCGCCGUACAACUGCACGCUAAGCAACCAGACGGAGGAGGCCUUCCUGGCCGAGUGUCGCGAAGACCACAGCGGCGGCCUGCGCCAGCGGUACAACCUGGAGGUGCACGACAUCUCGUGCCACCGGCUGCUGGCCAACCUGACGGCGGACCGGCCGGCCUUCUGGGUACAGGGUGUGCCGGCGGGCCUCAACUACGUACUCGUGCUGUACGCUGCCAACGAGAUGGGCCGCUCCCAGCCCGUGCUCCUCAGGGCCGAGGCCGCGGACCGCUACUGGGACGGCGCCCGACACGGUGCUGAAUGGGGCGGGUGUGAGCAGGGCAACUCCUUGGUGGUCAUUCUGGUGGCUGUCACACUCUCCACCGUCUUCCUUCUCCUUCUGCUCGUAGUCGUGGCUCGGUGUCGCAGCAAGAAGAGGUUAAAGGCAAACUCAGGAGAUAAAAUAGUGCAGAACGGCAAAACAUCUCCGCGCACCUGCGACGGCUCGGUGACCCUGACCACGUUCAACUGCGUCGACGGGGAGGAGCUUCGUCCCACCGUCCUGGACACUUCCCCGACAAAGCCACCCUUCCACGCGGACUACAUCACCGACGUCAACAACCAUACUCCGGCUUUUUGGCGCCAGAAGAUCGUGGACUUCUGA